UAUAAUCGACAAUAAAUUACAUAAAAAUUAUAAUCUGAAUUAUUGUAAUUUACAUAAAAUUACACAAAAUAUGACAUAAAAUCAAUCUGGUUUGUUCACAAAAUGAUAUUGCACAUGGAACAGUUCCUGGUUGUAUUUUACUGGAUUACCGGCUAAUCAGCUUGUUGCUCCAAACAACAAUUAUUUUGUUUACUGGCUGGUCAAUAAUACAAUUUAUGCGAAUUAAUAUCACGAAUCUUACAAAAGUUUAUAUUAACCUCUAAAUUCACAUAUUCUUUAGAAGAUAAACAUUGUGGAGAAUUGUUAAACAUCAAUUAAAAAUUAAGGAUGUCUUUUAUCAAUAAAUCAGAUCGAGAACAUUGUUGGAACUCGCGAGAUGAUUACUGGAAAUGUCUGGAUGAAAGAUCAGCAGAUGAAUGUAAAGAUUUUCGACAAAAGUAUGAAAAAUUUUGUCCAGCACAAUGGGUAAAACAUUUUGACAGAAAACGAGAGUACUUAAAAUUUAAAGCAAAAUUAGAAGAAGAAGGGUAUGUUAAUGAGCAUCUACCAAAGAGAGUGAUUUAGCUUUAACUAACAGACAUAUUUGUUAUAAAUAAUUUUUGUAAAUAAUCAUUAUAUUUGAAAAUAGUUUUAAAGUGAAUUAAAUAAAACAAAUGAUGCUUUACACAA